AUGUCCAACUACUACGGCGGCGCCCAGCCCAACAAUCCUGCCUACGGGGCUCCCGCGGCCGGCGCGGGCGCCCAGAACUUGCAAUUCUACCCGUCCUCUGGCGGCGCCGGCCCGGCCGCCCAGCCUGGCUUCGCAUCGGCCGGCUUCGGCGUCUCCGGUCGCAUGGGUGAGCAGGCCGGGCUCAGGACCGGGUGGCUCGCGGCCUUUUCCACCGAGGGAUACGACGGGGAGCCGCCGCUGUGGGAGGAGCUGGGCGUCAACUUUUCACAUAUCCAGAGAAAGACUCUCGCCGUCCUAAACCCCUUUAGGCACAUCGACCAGCAUCUGAUGGACGACUCGGACCUCGCCGGCCCCAUCCUCUUCUUCCUUCUCUUCGGCACUUUCCUGCUCUUCUCGGGCAAAGUCCACUUCGGCUAUAUCUACGGCCUCGCCCUCCUCGGCUCCUCUUCCCUGCACAUGAUCCUCUCGCUCAUGUCGCCCUCGGACCCCCAUCCCUCGCAGUCCUUCCACCCGCAGUACAGCGAUCCCUCGGUCCAGGGUGACAUGCAGCCCGGAGGCCACUUCUCCGCGACGCUCACCUUCCCCCGCUCCGCCUCGGUCCUCGGAUACUGCCUGCUACCCAUGGUCGCCACCAGCCUCUUUGGCGUCGUCAUGCCCAUGGACACGCCCCUCGGUAUCGUCCUCACGAGCGCCGCCAUUGUCUGGUGCACCUACAGCGCCAGCGGCAUGUUCUGCGCCGUCGGCAGGAUGAAGGGCAUGAGGGGCUUGGUGGCCUACCCGCUCGCCCUCUUCUACGUGGGCUUUGGCAUUAUCGGCAUCUUCAGCAGCCGAGGGAGCGGCUCUCUCGCCCACGCCGCCGCCAAGUUAAACGGUUGA